AUUUAGGCCAGACAAAACUCUCUUGAUAAAGAGUGAUUCAUUUCAGCUUCUUCUCCAGCAAAAGCAUAUACCCACAACCAAAAAAAAGUCUGCAUUUUCCCCUCUAAUUUUCUCUUGUUUUCUCACAACAAAUCCCUCAAUCAAUCUUCUCCUUUCAUGCAAAUUCUUUCUGGGUCCCAAUCUUUGCCACGGAUCAUAUUCACACACCAGCAAAAGAUCCUUCUUUUCUGUUCUUUUUUCUUGUCUUUCUCAGCUGCCAAACAGCGCUGUAGUCUCUGUUUUAUUAAAAAGGUUUCUGAUAGUAUUAGUAAUUUAGAAGUACAUUGUUCUUGUAGAUUUAGGCCCUUUUUGGUGAGCUUUCUCUUUCUAGACUUCUUGUGUGUUUGAGAGAGAGAGAGAGAGAGAGAGAAUCAGAACUAGAAAGAAUCCAAGAAAGAGGAACUGUUGGGAAAAAAAGGGGUUGAAUUAUUGAAUUUUAAUGGCAGAAACUGGAGCAAAAUGGAGGGUUUUGAGAUCUCUGUCAAUGAUAUUAUUGAGCUAUCUAUUGGCUUCAAUGAUUGUUUCGGCCGAAAGAAGCUUGAAAGAGGAAGGAUCAAAUCAUGAUUCAUCCAAAACAACAGAAUCAGAUUACUUUAUGAAGCUCUCUAAUUUCUUAUGGCAAUCCAAUCGAUCCGGUUAUCAACAUGUUUGGCCUGACAUGAAAUUUGGCUGGCAAAUGGUUGUGGGUACCAUAAUUGGAUUCUUUGGUGCGGCUUUCGGAAGUGUAGGUGGCGUUGGCGGUGGAGGCAUUUUUGUUCCUAUGCUUAGCCUUAUUAUUGGGUUUGAUCCAAAAUCAGCGACUGCUAUAUCAAAAUGUAUGAUCAUGGGUGCUGCAGUCUCCACUGUUUACUAUAAUCUUAGGCUAAGGCACCCUACACUUGAUAUGCCUAUCAUCGACUAUGAUUUGGCUUUGCUUAUCCAGCCAAUGCUCAUGCUUGGGAUUAGCAUUGGAGUUGCUUUCAAUGUGAUUUUUGCAGACUGGAUGGUCACAGUUCUGCUAAUUAUUCUCUUUAUUGGCACAUCGACUAAGGCCUUUUUCAAGGGUGUUGAAACAUGGAAAAAAGAAACCAUUAUGAAAAAGGAGGCUGCUAAGAUUUUGGAGGCAAAAGGUAAUGGUAGAGAGGAAGCAGAAUACAAGCUUCUUCCUGGUGGCCCAAGCAAUGGCGCUCAAGUGGAGACCAAAGAAGAACCAGAGGUCACUAUUAUUGAGAAUGUUUGCUGGAAGGAACUUGGGCUUCUCGUUUUUGUUUGGGUUGCCUUCCUUGUAUUGCAGAUCACCAAGAAUUAUACAGCUACUUGUUCAAUCACAUACUGGGUAGUGAACUUGUUGCAGAUCCCUGUUUCUGUUGGUGUAACUUUGUAUGAGGCAAUCAGUUUGUACAAGGGACGGAGAGUUAUUGCAUCCAAGGGUGAUGCAGGCACUAACUUCCGAGUGCACCAGCUGAUGCUCUACUGCUUAUGUGGUGUACUGGCUGGUGUAGUUGGUGGACUGCUUGGUCUGGGUGGAGGAUUUAUUAUGGGUCCACUAUUUUUGGAGCUGGGAGUCCCUCCUCAGGUCUCAAGUGCCACAGCCACCUUUGCAAUGACCUUCUCCUCAUCAAUGUCUGUAGUAGAAUAUUACCUUCUUAAACGAUUUCCAGUUCCCUACGCUCUUUACUUUGUUGCUUGGGCAACCAUCGCCGCAUUUAUUGGGCAACAUGUUGUAAGAAGGCUGAUCACUAUAUUGGGAAGGGCGUCUCUGAUCAUCUUCAUUCUGGCCUUUACAAUAUUUGUUAGCGCCAUCUCACUAGGUGGGGUUGGCAUAUCAAAUAUGAUUGGGAAGAUCGAGCGAAAUGAAUACAUGGGUUUCGAGAACCUCUGCAAGUAUGAUGCAUAGGAUGCCUCUUUCUUCACCCCUCUCUGCACAAUCUUUCAUAAAAGUCAUCGGUGUUCAAAUCAGGCUCCUCGGGACACAAAAGUGUCAUUCCUAUCAAUUCUUGACUAGGUAGGGUGAAUGAUAGCUAUUGCUUCCAUUCAGUCCACUGAAGAUUGAUUGUUCGCGGAGAUACACUUGUAAAAUCCUUCUAUAAUUUUUUUUUCCUCUGUUUGGUUUCCGAUCAAAUGCAAUCAAAUUAAAGAAAAGAGUGUUUCCUGAGCUUCUUUUCGAUACAGACAAUAUCUCACUUUUUAGGAGUUCUGAGUGUCUCACAUAUCUAAACGUCUGAUGAUGUCCCGUCUCAAUGGCGAUUCUUAUGAAAAGGAUCAAGAUCAACUGGCCACUAAAGACAUAACAGUUUUGCUCCAUUUUUAACUAAAUAUUAACUUCUAAUUUUGUGGAAAACAUAA